CAAAUGAUUAAGGCCCGCCAUAAUGUGAAAAACCAAUCUUGGAUAGCAUUCGAGUCCCUCAAACCUUGUUUAUUUGAGACAUGGUGCUGCUAUAGUGAUGCAACAGUUCCAGGGGCAGUAAGACAAGGAUAUAUACAUGCAGUGAUUGGGCUGACUGAUCUAUUGCAAAUGUGCUACAGUACCACGCCUAAGAUUUGGGCUCGGCGGGACUCUGGAUACGUGUCCAAAGUUUUGACAUAA